AUGUUAAGCAAAAAUGGAUACACAGCUUUACAUUAUGCUGCUGAGUAUGGAUAUAUUGAUGUAACAAAAUGGUUAAUAGAUCGAGGAUGCAGUCCUUGGAAGAAAACAAACGAGGGGAGUCAGACUCCUUAUGAUUUGGCAAAAAAUAGAGUCUAUGACUCCAUGGACUCUGAAGAUAAAAGGAAGCAGAAAGAAGUGAUGAACUUCCUAAAGACUGUCAUGUCAGAGAAAUCUUCAGUUGUGACUACUCAUAUAGGGAUAGAAGAUGAGGUUCCAACUGAAAUACAAUUAAUGACAGACAAAAGAUCUGUUGAAUUGUACCUUAAAUUACUUCAGUCAGGAUCUGAAAAAAAGAGAGACAUACGUUUAGUAAUUGUUGGAAAAAAGGGUGCUGGAAAGACUUCAUUGAUUAAAAAAUUGUUUGGUGAAGAUAUUACAGAUGUUACCAGUACAAAUGGAAUAGAAAUCCGCACAAUAAAAUGCAAGGCAAUGUCUGAUGAUGGCGUGUGGAAUAAAUUAGAUGGAACCAAUGAAGAAGCUGAAAUUAACGCAAGACUAUUGAAACAAUACAAAGUAACAAUUGAAGAGUCAGUAGAAGACGAAUCAAUGGUAUCAGAGACAGUAUCGGGGCAGUCUGAAAUACCUUCAGUAUACAGUGAAUCUAUAGUUAAACCUCAUGUAUCCACUGAAUCUACAAUUAAACUUCCAGUAACCAAUCAGCAGCCAAAUCAAUCAAUAGAAGAAACUAGAAAGGAUAUUGAAACCAUGCUUAAAUCUAAUGUUGAUUUACACGACAAAGAAGGGUAUGCUACAUUGUUGUUAUGGGAUUUUGCAGGAGAUGAAGAAUUUUACCACACACAUCAAACAUUUUUGUCACCAGAUGCAAUUUAUCUUGUUGUUACAAAACUCAAUGAGGCUGACGACAAAGAAGCAAAAGAUUUAUUCCAAUUGUGGAUGGAUUCAAUACACUGUUACAGUAGAUUGGAAGAGGACAGAAAUAUAUCUGAUGUCAACAUGAGAAUAUCAGAUGAUCUUGAUCCACCGAUAGUUAUUGUUGGCACUUGGAAAGAUGCCUUGAUCUGUGAUGUAGAAGAGCUUAAUGAUGCAUGCAAAGAAAAUAUUUUAAAGUAUGUAGGGAAUAUCUCAGACGAUGAACUAGGACAUAUCAGGCAAGAAUACUUCAUUUCCAAUACAGAAGAUCAUCCCAGUGUAUUCCAGCAAAUACGGGAAAACAUCCUAAAUUUAGCAAGAACAAUGAGAACAUGGAAUACAGAUUAUCCUUUAAAAUUUAUUCAGCUUGAAAAACGACUUCAAGAAAAGAAGAAGGUGUUACCUAUUAUUUCCUUUCAAGAAAUUCAGAAUAUUGCGAUUGAUACUCCUCAGCCACUUAAUGAUGAAGAACUUAGAUUGUUCCUGGAAUUUCACCAUGAGAUCAGAGCCUUAGUUUAUUUCAAUGAUCUUCCUUCUUAUAUUAUUUUAGACACACAGUGGUUGUCUGAUGUUUUUAGAUGUAUUGUCACGGCCAAACAAUUUAGUGCUAUUAGUUUAAAAAAUACAAACAAAUGGAAAGAAUUGUAUAGUAGAGGCAAAUUGCAUAGCGCGGUUUUAGACGACAUAUUUAGAAAAAGUGAAAGCAUUUUUUCCAAACACAAGGUUCAUAUCCUGAAUGUUAUGGAGAAAUUUGAUAUCAUUAUACGUCCUAACACAUCGGAAACGCAAAGAAAUGCUGGUGAUGACAUACCUCUCUAUUAUCUACCUUGUAUGAUUAAAUCAGAACCCGAAUGUGAUAUAUACGAAAUGUUUAAUGUGACGGAAAACGUAUGUACUAAGUCUACCUGGUUAUGUUAUAUGUUUAGGUUUCUACCACCUCAUUUAAUGAAUCAUAUAAUUGCGUCACUGUGCAGGAAAUAUAACGUUGCAGAAGUUGUCACUAAGGAACAGAAAAGACAAAUUACUCUUUUCAGAAGCUCGGCUGUCUUUGAGUUACAGAAAACGACAAAAUUGAGAAAAUUACUUAUUAUGAAAGGUCCAAAUAUUAUUCAAAUUCAGAUUUGGCAGUUUGGUAAGCAAGUUGAAAGAGGUUCGUUCAAAUACAUUGCAGACUUUGUGACAGGGGAAAUAAUCAAGUUAAUAAGUACAAGAUUCAAGAUGUCCAAUGUAAUAUUUGAGUUGAAGUGGGAAUGUGGCCAAACAAAACCAGAGUGUGUGACAGGAUCAUUUGAUUUUAGUGAAGAUCAGGAAAUAAAAGAAUAUUAUUGUGAGACAUGUACUACUACACACACAUUCACUGGUGAAUGGUCAUCUGAUAGUUCUGAAAAUGUUCCCAGAUCUAAUCUUUAUACAGAAAGCUCAAGUCAAACCCAAACUACAGUUCAAUCCACCAAGGUACGUGUCCGUGUACAAGCUGGUGAGAGAGUGUUUUCGAAUGUCAAUGAAUUGGCAACAGGAACAGCCAUUUCGGCAGGGUUCACAGAAGAGGAAAUUAAUUUUACAAAGAUGGGAAUGAUAGCAUUGAAUAUUUUUGCUGACGUUUUAUAUGAUUUAUUAAAACCAGAUAAACCGCAUCUACGUCAAAGGUGUGAUUGUGAUAUAACAUACUUAUACAGUGAGCACAGGAAACUUAAUAAACAUGUUCCAAGUAAUUCAAACCACCGACGGUGUCCUCCUGGACCAUGGGGAGGAUGUUGGCAAGAUUUUAAGAAUACGGACAUAGCUAUUGGAGAUGAUAUUGAGCGCAUUAGACUUACAAGAAACGAAUUACAACAUUCUCAGAUAUUUAAACUUGACGAAAUACGUUUCAAUGAAUUAAGUAAUAUAUCAAGUGACCUUUUAAAAAGAUUUGAUCGCCAUAUCACACCAACAAGGCUGUAUACAGAUCAUCUGAAGGACAUUCUGGCUAAAACUAUUUCUGGAGAGGAAGUGAAAUCAAUUGAAAAAGAAAUAUUAGGGAUGAAGAUUGAAGUUGAAAUUGUGCACUAAAUCAAUGUUCAACCACAAUAGAGAAACAUAUCAUAAGAAGUACACAGUCUACCCAAAGUAACAUAUUUGAAGUCGAUCAUCUAUUAUAGAAACAUAAAUCUGUCAAAUGCAGGUUGAAACUAUCUAUUCAUAUAACUAUAGACAGCAAGAUGAAGAAUGUGUACCAAGUGGAAAAUAUUGGACUAAAAUUAAAGAUUUGACCAAUAUGUGACUGUAUAAUUACUGGGUAUUUUCAAAAAUAUUCACAUGCAGCAAAUACUGUUAUAUUAAUAUUGCUGAUAACAUACUACUCAUAUAACCGCUAUUUACAUGCAUAGUUAAAUAUGUGUGAAACUUUAUAAACUUGUAUCUAUAAGUAUUUUUACAGUGAAAUCAAGAAAACUUGUAUAGUGAGGUAACAAAUAUAAGACAAAACAGGAAAGCAUUUUCUCUCUCUUUUUCAGGAGAAAGAUAUAAGAAAUAUUUGUCCAUAACUGAGGUGUUGAUGCUAUAUAUAUACAUUCACAGCUUUAUUAUCUAGGCACCCCCUUAUGGCUGGAAUAUUGUUUUGUUAUGUGUUUAUCCCAGAUUUUUUUUUUACAUAUACACACUGUCUUAUUUCAUUCAUAAUAAAAAGAAAAUCAAAAAUAUAUAGGUAGUUGUUUGAUAGUCUUAGUAAUCCAAUGUAUUGCUUGAAAUAUUUGCCACUUAUUUUUUUAUUUUUUUACCAAAAUGAAAACAAGCAAUAAACCAUGAAGAGACAAAUCUAUUGCAAUGUGUGCGUGUUGACUGUUUGAAAGAGUGUAAGUUUAUGAUAACACAUAUGAUGUUACACAGAUACUUUUAAUCGGUUGGACCUCUUUUUACUUUACCAUGGAUAUAGUGAACUAUGUCAGUUUUUCAAAUGAAGUUCGUUGUUGUUUGCAGAAGAAAAGCAAUCAACUAUACCGCUGUUCGAAAGUCAUAAAUUAAUUGAGAGAAAAAAUAAAUUCAGGUUGACAAACUUAAACUGAAGGAAAUACAUCAAAUAUAACAGGAGAACUACGACACCACACUAAAAUGUAACACACGCUGAAACGAACUAUAAUAUAACAAUUGCCAAAGUAUGCAAUCAGAAUUAACCAGAAUAAAACAAUGUCUGGUCAUCAUGUGCUUGGGAUCAAUUGAAAUAACAAUUAUCAGACAAUAUCUGAUUAUAAUGUUCUAGAGAUCAAUCGGAAAUCACUAUUAUCAGACAAUGCUUGGUAAUCAUGUUUUCGGGAUCAAUCAGAAAUCACCAUUAUCAGACAGUUUAUUGUUAGCUUGACUUUUUGUCCUCCAGAUCAAUCGUCAAUCUCCUGUAUCAAUUAUUACCUGGUGAUCGUGUUCUCGAAAUCAAUCGGAAAUCAUCUUUAUCCUUUAAGCAUCUGCCCUUGGUAACUCCUGCAUAUGAACACCAAUACUAUUUGUUCAGAUGCAUCAGCCACUAGAAAGGACUUUACUCAAAAACUAUUUUUAUAAUGGAUAUGAUGCUGCUUCUGGUGCAUGGUCAAUUAACACAAAACAUAAUGGUUUAUGGACUCCAUAUCUUAUUCACUCAAUUCAUAUUUCAUGU